AUGUCUAAUAAAGGAGUGACCAAACCUGAUAAUGCAGUACCCACAUCACUAAAGUCUAGAAACAACAAAAGAAAUCAGGUGUUCAAAGCUUUACUUGAUAACCCUUACACUCAAUCGAAUACUUGGCCUUUCGUGACCCCAUCAGUGGCAAAAGACCUUUUGGAUUUGAUGGAUGUUUUACUACGUCCUACUUUACAAUCUUCUGAGACAAGCAACAAUGAUAAAUUAAAAUGGAUACAUUACGGUUUCAACUCUACAGUGGAAACGUUGGAACGACAGGCUGCAAAUAAUAGAGGCAAACAUAAAGAUUCCAUAAGACAAAUAAAGUACCUCAUCGUGUGUAAAUAUGACAUUACGCCGCAAUUGUUGACUAGUAUGUUUCCCGUGUUGUGCUUCACUGCGUCAAAAAGUGCAUCUGACAUGGUGAAACUAGUUCAACUACCCAAGGGCAGCAUGGAGAGAAUUUCAAGUAUAACUGGUGUCGCAAACACAGGCAUUUUAGGUUUAUCUACUGGCGUUACAUUAGUUGAGCCUAUAUAUGAACUUAUCGACAAACACGUUAAGGAUAUAGAGAUCCCCUGGAUGAAGGAUGUGUUUCAGUCCCCAGGAAAGUUUUAUCAACCACAAGUGAAACAAUUGGUGGUGAAGGCACCUCAAGGCAGAACGAAGAAGAAGAAGAACAAGAACAGGAAGAAAAAUUCAGAGUCAAUAGAUAAAUCCAACGCAUGA